CACAGACCAGCAUCUCCAAGGCAUGAAUAAUUAGGUAGGCAUAAUGGAAGGCACUCACUGCACCCUCCAAUUGCGUAAGCCCAUUACUGAAGUCUGCUACAUCAGCUUCUAUCUUCCAAGGGGGGAAGUCAGAGGAUUUUCAUACAAGGGCACUGUAACUCUAGACAGAUCCAAUAAAGGGUUUCAUAACUGCUACCAAGUCAGGGAGGGGUCAGACGUCAUCAGCCUCAGCCUGCAGCCAGAUGAACACCCAGGCGACAUAUUUUUCAAGCAAACUCCCACAAAAGACAUUUUAACUGAGCUGUACAAACUCACAGCAGAGAGGGAGAGACUUCUGGCCAAUCUGCUGAGCUCAGACCAUAUCCUGGGGAUUACGAUGGGGAACCAGGAGGGAAAGCUACCGGAGCUGUCCGUGAGCCUGGCGCCUGAGGACGACUGUUUCCAGAGCGCUGGUGACUUCCAGAGCGAGCCCCCCGUGGGCUGUCUCAAUAAGAGGAGUGCCCACGGGAACAAAAAGCCCCGGAGGUUUGGUGGAAGGAGAGGAAACUUUCAGGUGCUUCCACAGAAGAGGACAAGAAGAAAAGGGCGUGGGGGCCAGGAAUCGGCUCCUCAGAUGGGGAAGGACCAAGUCUAUUCCAGUAACUCCCUCCCUAUUUCUCGAGCAAGGCCUAAUCUUUGGCUUCUAGAGGAGAGAGGCAACUUGCUCCCAAGUGGGGCAUUUACAUCUUCCCUACAGUGGAGAGAGAGCUGUCCCCCAGAGAUCCUCAGCGCACUGCAUGCCAGUGGGAGCUUUGGGAAGACUUCUGAGGACACCCGGCUUGGAAGAGGAGGGCUGCCCCUUGACUGCAGCUCCAUAGAGCCAGGCGAUGAUGGUGGUGCCAGAGUGACGAAGAAGGGCUCACGCCGGCUGGCGCACCAGCAGACGGAUUUGUCUGAACGUCAUGAAGACCCUGAGAAGCAGCCAGAGGCAGAGAAGGGCCGGAGGGAGAAGUCUGGUGAGCGUACGCGCAAGAAGAAGCCUGUUUCCAAAGUGGUGGCCAAAGUCCAGGACCUGUCCACUCAGGUGCAAAGAGUAGUUACAACGCAUCUUGAGGGUGAGGAAAGUAUUGCCAUUUGCCCAGGAGCCCAAGCUGAGUUUGUACCCAGAGCAGACUUAUUCACCAUCCCAGGAGCUGAGGCUGGAACUCAGGGUUCCAGGUGGCUGGGCACCGAGCAGCACAGGGACAGGCCAUUGCAGUCGUUGGACACGGAACAUACCCCAGCCAGCGCUGCGGGGGCUGUGAACAAGGUCCUGCUGAAGGUGAUAGAGAGUGAGAGGGUGGAUGAAGCCACCGAGGGGAAAAGGCUGGGCUUCCCCCUGAGCACGCCAGCUCCCCGCACCCUCCCAGAAACAAGAAGCAAGAGGCAAGCUGGGCUGCCUCUGAGGGGUCACAAAACCUUGUUUCUGGAUCCGCCCCCCAGUGUAGGCCCUGCCUGGUCACAACCCAGAGGCGAUGAGGAGAGACCGUCCCCCCGAGGCCUGGCAGCGCUCAGCAUGCCGCUUAAUAAUUCAUCCUCUCAGUCCUGCGCAUACACACGGAUGUCACCUGUUCCCUCGGCUCCUUCUCCGAGGCUUCCCAGCCCUCAGCAGCAUCACAGGGUCCUCCAGCUCCCGCUGCCACCUGGUGGGGGGGAAGUGGCUUUCGAUGACCGUCCUGACAGAAAGAGCAGUUCUUUCUCUGGGUCCUCCUCUGCUGACACCUUGGAGCCACCAUCCUCUGCAAAGGUCACGGAGACCAAAGGAACCAGCUUGACCUCCCUCGGAGCAGGCCAACCUCAGUUGGUGUCUGGGGAACCUUUGGAAAAGACCUCGGCGCCCAGAAAGACCACAGCUCGGCCCCAGUACCAGUCGCCUCCAGGCAUCUCCUUGGAGGCCUUCCCCCGGGACUGUUUCAAUGAGCAGACAGCAACUAGGGACCUUCCCAACAGGGAUGGAAGUGCCUGGCUGCUGGGCUAUAGAGCAGGACCAGCCUGUCCAUUUCUGCUCCACGAGGAGAGAGAGAAGCCAAACAAGAGCGAACUGUACUUGGAUCUCCAUCCUGACCAGAGCCCCACUGAGCAGGACGAUAGGACUCCGGGCAGACUCCAAGCUGUCUGGCCACCCCCAAAGACAAAAGACACAGAAGAAAAAGUGGGAUUGAAGUACACUGAAGCAGAAUACCAAGCUGCUAUUUUACACUUGAAGAGGGAACACAAGGAAGAAAUUGAAAACCUACAGGCUCAGUUUGAACUUCAGGCGUUUCAUAUCCGCGGGGAGCAUGCAGUGGUUACAGCAAGUCUAGAAGAAACCAUUGAAAAUCUCAAACACGAGAUUGAACACCGGUGGCGAGGAGGAUGUGAGAUGAGAGAUGCAUGUGUCUCUACGGAUGAUGACCAGCCUCCAAAGACCUACAGAAAUGUGUGCAUCCAGACAGACAGAGAGACAUUCCUCAAACCCUGUGAAGGGGAAGGCAAGACCAUCAGAAGUAACCAGAUAAUACCCAAAAAGCUGACUAUCUCCUCUUUAAGCCAGCUCUCUCCCCCAAAUGACAACAAAGAUGUCCAUGUACCGCUUCAGGCUGUGGAAGGCAUCUCACCAAGUCAGCAAAAGGCAUCACCUCCCCCUCCUGCCCCACCCCUACCAGAGCCCAUCCCUCCCCCACCCCCACCUCCCCUCCCUCCUGGACUUGAACCUUCGCCACCGGUACCUCCACCACCACCUUUAAGUGCUGGACCACCUCCACCCCCACCACCUCCUCUGCCUCCAGGUGCCGGACCUCCUCCCCCACCCCCUCCACCACCGCUUCCCAACUCCCUUGCUCUGCCCAACAGUGGGGGGCCGCCUCCUGCUCCAACACCCCCAGGACUUGCACCCCCACCUCCCCCUGGACUCUUCUUCGGAGCUGGCCCUUCUUCUAGCCAAUGUCCCCGGAAGCCAGCCAUCGAGCCGAGUUGCCCCAUGAAGCCUUUAUACUGGACUAGAAUCCAAAUAAGUGAUAACAGCCAAAAUGCUACACCAACCUUAUGGGAUUCCUUAGAAGAACCUGAUAUUCGGGAUACUAGUGAGUUUGAGUAUUUAUUCUCCAAAGACACAACUCAGCAGAAGAAAAAACCUCUGUCAGAGACCUAUGAGAAGAAGAACAAAGUCAAAAAGAUCAUCAAGUUAUUGGAUGGAAAGCGAUCUCAAACCGUGGGGAUCUUGAUAUCUAGUUUGCAUUUAGAAAUGAAGGACAUCCAGCAGGCCAUUUUCAAUGUGGAUGAUUCUGUGGUUGAUCUGGAGACCCUGGCGGCCUUAUAUGAAAAUAGAGCCCAAGAGGAUGAAUUGGUUAAAAUCAGAAAGUAUUAUGAGACAUCCAAAGAAGAAGAAUUGAAGUUGCUGGAUAAACCCGAGCAGUUUUUGCACGAGUUAGCCCAGAUCCCUAAUUUUGCUGAACGGGCCCAGUGCAUAAUCUUCAGAUCUGUCUUUUCUGAGGGUAUCACCUCCUUACACCGAAAGGUAGAGAUCGUCACAAGAGCUUCUAAGGGCUUGCUGCACAUGAAGAGUGUGAAGGAUAUUUUAGCUCUCAUUCUGGCUUUUGGAAAUUAUAUGAAUGGAGGAAAUAGAACUCGGGGACAAGCAGAUGGAUAUAGCUUAGAAAUUCUGCCUAAACUCAAGGACGUCAAAAGUCGGGAUAAUGGGAUUAAUCUGGUGGACUAUGUCGUGAAAUAUUACCUGCGUUACUAUGAUCAGGAAGCAGGAACAGAAAAGAGCAUUUUCCCUCUGCCCGAACCACAAGAUUUCUUUCUGGCUUCCCAAGUCAAGUUUGAAGACCUCAUAAAAGAUUUGAGAAAACUGAAGAGGCAGCUAGAAGCAAGUGAGAAACAGAUGAUGGUGGUGUGCAAGGAGUCACCGAAGGAAUAUCUCCAGCCUUUCAAGGACAAACUAGAAGAAUUCUUCCAGAAAGCCAAAAAAGAGCAUAAAAUGGAAGAAAGUCAUUUGGAGAAUGCACAGAAAAGUUUUGAAACAACAGUAGGAUACUUUGGGAUGAAGCCAAAGUCCGGUGAGAAGGAGAUCACACCCAACUACGUGUUUAUGGUGUGGUAUGAGUUCUGCAGUGACUUCAAGACCAUUUGGAAGCGGGAGAGUAAAACCAUAUCUAAAGAAAGAUUGAAAAUAGCUCAGGAAUCCGUCAGCAAGUUGACAUCAGAGAAGAAAGUGGAGACCAAGAAAAUCAAUCCCACAGCUAGUCUGAAAGAAAGACUGCGUCAGAAGGAAGCCAGUGUGACCACCAACUAAUACAGAGACAUGUGAAAAUGAUGGCGGCGCGAUGUGUUUUCUUUCGUGGUCCAUUGCAACAGCAGUGCUGUGGGAAGUUCUUGAAAGAUACGUCACCAAAUGUUCGUUUUCCACAUCAUUGCAGUGAGCACCCCGUGCCUUCUUAAGGAAGUCCCUUGUUAAGCCACAGGAACAAUGAGAAACUGUUUACAGGAACAUUCCAGGAAUAUGGAUUAUCGUUUCUUGUAGAGGUCCAGAGUCACUCCAUUACAGGACCAGAAGAAAUACCAAGAUUUUCCAAAUAUUUUGAAAAAGUGGUGAUUUCAUGCUUUCUAACCGAAGCUUGAUACAUACACACUUGUGACAGAAGAAGAAAAUGAUCUUUUAUGACAAUUGCCUUGAAAGAACUUAAGCCUUGACCUUUACAUACUGCUGGUUUGACAGUUGAUCUUAAUUUUAAUCCUGUUCCAGCAAGAUCCUGAAUCAUCUUUCUCACCAAAAAUGUGGAACUUACCAAAACCCUAUUUAAGAGGGCCAAGAUAAUGUAUUUUCCAGAUGAGAGAAAUGGAUAUUUGUUUGUUGUUGUUGUUGUUGUUGUUGUUAUUCACAUAAUGGAAAAGAUAGAACAUGGAAUUGUACCUGAGUGGAGAAGAGAUUAUGAUACAAAGAAUUGACAUCAGCUGUUAAGCAAGACCCAUUCUUUUGAUUUUAUGGAAAUUCAUUGUGGUUUCAUUGCCCAGCAGAAAUCCUGCACCUUACUUCCAUAAAACAGUGAUAACCAAGCCAGCACAGGCUUGGAGGUCAAAGUACCUGCUUGGGCAAGUGAUCCAGUAACAGCAGAUUUCACAUUUCAGAUUGCUCGUGAGGGGGUAAGGCCACAGUGACACGCAGCUGAGCCCUGCAUCGUGUUCUGGGACUGUGUGCGUGUGGCCAUACGUCUCCCAACAACCCCAGGAAGCAGUUUCCAGACAGGAGAGCAAAUGCUACUUUCAGCCUUUUAUCAUGACCUCAACCAACAGGCAUGUGACCUAGGCUGUAGCAAGAGUCUUUGAUGUCGAAAAAAUUAAGAGCAUAAAAAAGGUUCUUUACAUCAAAACGAAAAGAAGAUGAUUACAUUAAUAUUAAGCUUUGAGUGGAAUAUCACACACAGGCAGCUCUUUCUGACCCUGGGAGCCCACAAGACCACUACCCCUUGAGUCACAUGGGAAGUGACCUUAGAUCUCUCCCCUGACACUUUUCUUCCUUACGCCACCUCUCUUUGAAUCUAUUGUGUGAGAGAAGAGAAAGGACUGGAGGAGAACUAAGAAUAGCAUCAAAGACUAUCCAUUUGGGGCCUUGAAGGAAAAGGGGUUCAAACCUUCUCCUUCAGUUGGUGGAGGACAGUCUAGAGGUGACUGAGAACCUUAAAACCCUUCCUGACUGGACUGCCAUGUGCGGCCUUGCCCCUUACCCUGGCCUCUUCCCAGACCUCUCAACUUGCCAGGUGCCUAGGUGUCUACCCAGUUCUGCCUGCCAAUCAUCAACCCCCUCAGGGACCCCCUCAUACAGCUAGCUAAUUAAAUCAGCACUGUAUCCUAAUAUAAUGCAGCCAGGAUCAAAUCAAAUCGCAGAAGCCAUAUUUGUGCUGGUGCUAACCACCCCUCUAAUCCAAAAGGAAGGAAUAUGGGAGCACAGUUAGGCUUUUUCAUUUGUUUUUGUUUUUCCAAUUCAAAAUAAGAGAUGAGACCAGCAAAACAAAAAAAGCUGGUAAAGAACUUACAUUACCAAAAGAAGUUGCUUGUGAGCAAGAAACUUUUCGUGCUGCUUUCUUAUGUUAUUUCUGUUCAUUUUCACUUAACUGGGAAGAAAACCUAAGGAAUUCAUCAGUUUGAAACAAAUUACACUUACAAUCAUCUUGUGCUCUGUGACAUUCCUUCUAGUAUUACCAUGCAAUAGAAAAGUACCUGUUUUGUCCAUGCCUUGGGGAUCAGCUUUGAGUUCAGUGAGAUCAACAAAUGUCUAAAUCCUCACGGGUCCCCACAGAGUGGAUGACCAAGAGCAGCACCUCCACUUAAGGUCUCUAAGGAGGAUGCUCACAAGAAAAUCGCUGACAGCAAAUAGGACUGUCACUAUGGCCACACAACCCUAUAAGAGCAUGCUCUUGGGGAACCAAUGAUGAAGGAAAAUGAGUGGAGACAUUUAAUGUGAUAGACAAAUGCAGCCCAAGUUGGAUUCAAUCAACAUGGAUGGACUCGAAAUUGCAGUAAAAUACCUAUUUCUAAAGAUUAUACUUUGCCUGCUCUCUUGGGGAAAUUUGAUGGUUUCGUCACGCUACUCAAAUAUAAGGAGUUACUGUAUUAAGACACUAGGGCAGAAUCUCCAUUAUUCUCACCCAUUUUCAAUCCUGCAUUUUGUACCUGGAUGCCGCCUCACAAGUUCACACAUGUACUGUGGUGUUGGCACAGGCUUUGUCUCUAAUGUAGGUUGAUGCUCAGUAAAGGUUCGCAAGAGCUUACUCAACGUGGACUAUCUAAAACAACCUGGUGUCUCUUGAACUAAUCCUCCAUAAAAUGCAACUGAGAUGAUGUUAAAUACAACUUUUAAUGGAAAGAAAGUGGUUAGUGCACUGCUUAAGCAGCUUGAGCAUUUUAGGCAUGCAGGGUAGAAGUGGCUUUGCUAAGCACAGCCUUCUCCAGACUAGAGGGAGAAUGGCCAAUGUUGCUACUCUGUGUUUAAACAGAUACUCAUACCCAACAUUAGUAGUCAGAUUCUGAAAAACCUUGACUUAUAAGCAACAUUGUCUCUUCCUAGCCAAGAGUCAUUACAUGUGAGAGCACGUAGUUGGUUGGAUAGCAACUUGGUUUCUUGCAUGAGUAACCUGCAGUCCUCAUUGAGCACACAAGUAUAUCAUAGAUUACACUAACACAUGAUAUAAACAUGUUAGGGUAAAAGGCAUCAGGCCUGUGAAGUGUCAAAGAUCAGGUUAGAAGGGGGUGUGCUGUAUGGCUGUUAAUGCAAGAGACAGCUUAACGAUUGGGUGGGGGUACGGAGAGCAUGGAAAGGGAAAAGUGUAACCAAGCAGAAAUAGAUGAUUUUGACCACGAUAGACCUGCUUGCCUUUUGAAUCCUUGAGUUGACACCUAUGAUAUCUCUUCAAAUGCCCACUGCAAGUACCUAGGAAUAAUGAAAACAGUAUUUCUGAAAUCUGGGAAGUAGAAUAAGGAAACCCAGUGAUGGAAAGAUGUACUGGCCAAAACAAAUUGGCAGCAUGGUCGAGGAACCAACUGCCAGAUUGGGUGCUAGUCUUGGACCCCCUCCUGUCCUCUAAUAAGCACAAGUACUGAGCCCCCCUAAGGCACCUCUUUUUUUUCCCCUAAGAACCAUAUGGAAAGGCAUUUCCUAAAUGAAAAGCUUAUAGGCUGCUGGUGGAGAAACUGGAAAAACUGAAGGAAGGAAUAAAACUCUGUGGUGGUGUUAGAAACCUCCGACAAGAUACAGAAGUCAUUGCUAUGGUUCUUGCAAGGACCACAACUGGACAUAGCAGAAGAAACAUGUUAUUUUUGUUAAAGAUUUGCUUGUUGGCCUGGGAUUGUAUCUCUCUCCAUAGAUUAUACUGUGUGCAAUGGGGGAAUUUUUUAUUUUAAUUCUUGCUUUCAUGACUAUUAUAUUUUCUCACUUCUGUUUUUGCUUUUCCUUUGCCUGACGUCAUAGACACAGAUCACUGCACACAGCAUUGCAUGCAGCAGUAUAACAGACAGCAUCUAGUCCAAGUAUCAAGGGGAAUUAGCAAUGCAGACCUGCAGGCUCUUUCCCAGUAACCAGAAUGUAAGGUUAACAGGGAAACCUCUUCAUUCCCGAUAUAUUAAAUCAGCUUAUUUUGUAGUACUCUCCCUUCCCUCCCCCAAGAUAAAACCAAUGUGGGGCUUUCUGUGUUGAGGAGAGGAAAGAAGUCCAAAAUAUACAGCUUCCCCUCCAAAAAAAUCUGAUCCAAAUAUCAAAUAUCAUUUUAUCAAGUAGUUUAGAUUUGUGCAUAAUUUACUUUGAUUCUGCCUAUUGUAAGCAGAAAACAAAACAAAAAUGACCAAAAGCUGGAAGGGAAAAAAAGGCAUCAGUACAUUUAGUAAUCAAAUUUGUUUAUUAGUCUCUAAAACACUCACACAAAAUGGACGUACUGUAAAAUCCAAUGUUGUGGAAUUCCUGAGCACAAAAAAUUGGAACAGCUGUGAGAGCUGAUGAGUGUGGACAAAGAAAGAGCUGCCUGUGGCCUGCUUGAGAUUCUUACUUCAACCAGACAAUUUGUGGAUUUGAAAGAAUGGAGGAUUGCCCUGAAUAGUUUACUUUUUUAAAAGCCACAUCCAAGGAGAAGUGGUUGAUCUAGUGGAAGAAGUGGCCAGACCAUUACAAUACCCUUAGUCUGGGUUCUCUUUAAAGCUGCUGAUAAAUGUGUGGAACAUCUGGAAGGCUGUCAGAACCACAUUUCAUAUAUUAGACAUCAUACCUUUAAGAACAAUUCAGCUGAAGAAAGCAAACUGAAUAAAGAGAUGAACUUUCAUUCAUGUCAGCUACUUUGUCAUCAUGAAGAAAUCUGCAACACGAGAGAAACAAGUCUGUGUUUCCAAACUGAUAGUAUUUAAUAUUUGAAAAGUAUGAAUCAUUUUUAGCCUUUCCAAAAUGCUAAUACCUUCUUAGGUAUAUUUCCAUUUUCUAGCUAUAGAGAAAUCCAGCCGCUUGGAACAUUCUCUAUUGUUGGUACAAAAGUCACUUAAAGAAAAGCACCUUCAGAAACUGGCCUCUGCAUAGUUGGCCGCUGCAGACUUGCAUAACAGUAUUUAUAACCCCAUCAGCAAUUGAAUCCAGGCAUAAGUAGGCUCUGUUACUCACAGCUGUAUGUAACUGAGAGGCCCACUUUGUGGCAUUGCUGCAUAUCCUUCAGCUUUUGACACCUUGUUAGAAGCACUGAAUGUUAGUUUCACAAUUCUUUACUUUCCCUCCCAAGGAGUGGGCAAUCUACCAAAUCCUCCCAAAUCAACUCUUCGCUGGGAAGUAGUGAAUUCAAGAGCAUUUUAACAUGCAAGCAUGAAGCCAGUUCAGUAGUCUUAUUAUUGCCAAGACUCUUAAUCAACCCUGUGAUAUAAACCUCAGAUUUGGGAAAUGUGUGUAGUUGACAACUUAAUUGGAAAUGUGAAGAUAGUAAAAUGGCAGCUAGCUAACUCUAAAAGCCCCCAUGCAGUUCUACCAACAGAGACGUUAAGGCAGCAAAUCAAGCUUCAUUCAGCAGGCCAGCUGUCCUCAAGUAGACCUUAUCAGGUUCAUGUCCCCUCUACCCCAGCCCUUCUCUCAGCCAGCUUGGUGAUGGCCAGUAACACAAAAAAACCCUUUUCCUUGUCAUCCUCUUUUCUGAUGGUUCACUUCAGUCAAGAGCUCAGAUGAACUCCACACUUCAUUGCAUAUCACAUCUAUGAAGUACUUCUUCAUAAGCUUCAUCUCUAUCUGGGGAGACUGAAUCUCAUUUUUCUUUAAUUAGGGAAGUUGUAGCUAAAGCCAUUAAUUUAUCCUUCUGCGUUCCAUCUAUGCUCAUAAAAUUUUCUGGUUUUUUUUUUUUUAAAUCUUCUCUCAAAUCUGCUAAGGAACACCCAUCUGCCUCUUUUUCCUAAAGCUAAUCCAAAUACUUUUGUGAGCUAGUUUUUUUAUGCUUUGUGUGAAAUUUGAUAGCUUUGGGCUAGCAAAAUGCAAAUGAGCCCAUAAAUUCCAGUAGAAAUUCACCUCCAAAGAAUAUGGCAUUCUUCUCCAUGUGAGUAAACAAGCUUCUACUAUAUUUAGGCUAUUUCAUAGACUGAGCAUUUCCCUAAAUUCUACCUGUUCAGACACCAAGGGGCACUCUACCUUUGAAAUUAUAAGGAUGUCUUACAAGAGAAUGAAUAUUUCUCCCCAUAUGUAGUGAGAGCCACUGAUACAUUCAUUGUCUUAUGCUUAGCAUGCAUUCAUUCUUAGGCAUGCAUUCACUACGCUUUGUCUACAUCUUUGGCAAAAUUGUACUUACUUUCCUUGAUUGUUCUCUUACAGAGCUUGCUUCUAUUCUUGUCUCACGAAACAAGUGUGUUUUUGUUUAUUCAUCUGGGUCACCUUUCCAAAAUGAAAGACUCGUCCCAUAGACAUCUGAGUAUACAGGGAAAUUGCUCUUUCCCUCCCCAUGGCAUGGACAACAAGCAUAUUCAGGAACAGACAGCUCUCUGGGAACUCUUGAGAUGAAUUUUGAAUUCCAGGUUUCUGUGCAAUGCAUAAAAAUGGGUGUAGGGUAUAUGAAAAUUGUACUAGUCUUCCCAAUAAGAAACCGGAGGAAGACUCAAAAUCUUUACAUUUUAGAUGGGUUUGAGUAAACUAUAAAUAACUCAUUGUUUUUCCCUUUCUUCUUGGCAACUUGUCCCCAACUAUAUAAUCCUUACUUUUUCAUAUCUGACCUCCAAGGCAUAAAGAAGGUGAUUUCAGCCCUACUAAGAUGGUGCUCUGCAUAAUCCUCCAAAGAAAUCCAUUUCCUUUGGGAACAAAUCUGUGAGUGAGAGGGAAAGUGGUGCAAUUCCUCUGUCUGUCCAGAGUGACACACAUGGGAUUUUUGGGUCCAGCACCAAAAGGAUAGGUCUAUGUGAAAUCAUUAAUUUUACAAUUCUGUAAUUCUUCAGUUUCUCAAGGCACAAAAAAUGCUACCCUACUGUUUGCAAAAGAUAUAAUCUUCAGUGGAUAUAAGCAUUAAGGAAAAAGAACUUCCCUUUAAAGAAGCAAUCUAAGAUACUCCUAAAAAGGCUGAAACUUUGAAAAUUAGAAAUUGAAUAAUUUUUGAGAGAAAACAUGUCACUGAUCCAUCAUAGUUUUUUCCUCUCAUUGAGUUUUUAUUUAGAUUAGCAUGGGAAGCAGGGCGCCCAGGACUUUGGUUUAGGGGAUCGUGCUUUGGCCUGGAAAAUCACCGAGCUGCAUGCCCAGAACCUAAGUGAAAUCAGUCAGCCUCCUAAUAGGAAUCAGGCCUAACAAAUAAAUGUAGGUUAUUUCAAGUCCUUUAGGGCUUAAUUUUCUUAGUGACACCCUGGACCCCAGAUGAUGCAUUGCAGUUACAGCCUUGGGAGAUUGCAAGUGGUGAGCUGUGGGAGAAGAGCAGGCGGAAGGAAAAUCUGAACAGGGCCCAAGGGCAGUGUUUUCCCAAUACGGUGCACUGUGAGGGGGCUGGUGAUUUUUGCCAUGCUUGUGCCAUGGGUGACCUAUCACGGAAACCCCAGGAAUCUGCAUUAGGCAAUUGGGAGUGCUCAGCAUCUUACACUGGUCAGUGCCUGACGGUGCUGGAAAAGUGGGUACGUAGUGACGCUGCCCUGCGCUGGCUGAGGUGGCUCUAUCACAUUGCCCCUGAGGCCGGUUGGGCACAGAUCUUUCUCUUUGCUCCACGCCUUUCCAAAAGUCAUUUUGGCCCCUAGCUUCGUCUGACUUUCCUCACCUCAAUACUUGUGCUCCUGGCCCCUUGCUACCUCCAAACCCCAAGGGCUUUUUUCCCUGCCUUUACCUUUUCGGUUUCUCCAGGACCCAGCCUUUUAGAGCUUCCCCUUCCCCUCCAACCCAAUGCCAUCCCCCAGCCCUUUGGACGCAGUGCUCCGCUGUCACCAAGUGAGACACAGCGCUGUGGCUGCCUCUUGUUAAUGUCAGCAUCACCUCAUCACUUAGGCAAAGAGGGAAAAAUCCAUAAAAGAGAUGGAAAAUACAUUUCUUUUUCAUUUUAUUCAACUUUAUUUUAAGAAGGUUGAGGGGAAAGUUCUAUUCCUUUUCAAUUUCUCAGAUUGUACUUUAAAACUCUCUAAUUGGGGACCAUUCUUUUGUAAAUUCUCCCGGGUCACCAUCUAUGAUGCAUAAGACUGAAUUUUUGAAUCUGAAGUAACUUUUCUGUGCUGCUGGACAAAUUGAUUUCAUUCUGUGCAAACAGUUUGAAUCAUAGGCUUUUUAUUGCCACCCCAUUCUUACCACCACUCAUGAUCCAAACACCUACACAAACUGGACCAGGAUGUUCAGUUUGUGGUAUUUUCAGAUCAACAGUAACUGUUACACUCUUGAAAGUGCUUAAAAAGAAAGUCCUAAGUAGUCUUUUGACCUGGAAACAUCUUGGCUUUUCUGUUUAAUUAAAUAUUGGAUCAAUCGAUAGAUAUCAUCUGAAAGGAUUUUAAACAAUAAUGAAGACAGUUUGAGAAAUGAGAAGGCACUUUAAAGACAUGAAACCUUACAUUACAUGCUCUUGGAUAUUUUUUAAUUAAUAAGCUAAUUCUAUUCAGGUAUUUUUUCCCUUUAAAUUUUUAAAAAUAUGUGUUUCUAAUUUGUUUGCAUAUUUAAUUUUGUCAAAGCUGAGAAAUGCUCAUUAGUUGGAUUUGUAAAUGUCAUUUGCAACCAAAUGAAGUAUUUAUUUUUAAAAAGAAAGGAUGAAGGAACCAAUAUUGAUUUGUACAUAGUGAAAAUAUAUGUGUGUCUCUCUCUAUAUAUAUAUUUUCCUCCUUGACAUGAUUUGGUCACCACAUCAAGUGUAUUUUUGUACAUAAUAUAUAUUGGUUAGAAAAUGUAGAUUGUCUAUUCAAAGAAUUCUAUCUCGGUGAUAGAUUAUAUUUAUCCUAAUCUGUUGAUACCUCUGUUAAUUUGUUUUAAGAGAUAGAACUCUAUUUUUUGGAAUUUGCAGAGAACUGCAUUCAUGGCUUCCAAAUGUAAAUAUGAUGACGAUAUUUUAAUAAAUCUUGGUUUCAUGUCUGUCA